CUCCAUGACGACCAUAUCCCGGAAGUGCCUGGAUCAGCUUAGACUGUGUGUGCAGCGGGACACGAGCACACGUCGAGUUAGUUUUUUUUGUUCGGCUCUUUUGUUUGUGUGUUAAAUUGUGAACAUGUCAACGAGGAAGGAAGAGAAAGACAAUAAAGGACGGAGGAAGAGGACGGAGGAGAAGCUCAGUGGGAGGAAGAAGAAGAAGGAGAAACCUGAGGAGGAGCACAAGCCGGAAGUGGAUCGCAGUGAGUGUGUGUUGCUGCGCGGGAUCUUCAAAGUGGGCAAGAAGAGCCACGACGUCCUCCUGACCAGCACCCGACUAACCUGGGUCCCCAUCAUGCCUGAGAGCCCCACAGGUGAAGUGUGCACACCACUGCCCGGUGUCCUGAUGGUACGUGACAUCCUGUCAGUGAAAGUUAAGCGGCGUCGGGCGGCGGGACAGCGCUCCGGUGGUGCCGUGCUGGGUGUCGCCUUGUUCUACUGCAAGCGAAGGGGCCGCAGACUGGAGGAGGACACGCUGCACCUCCACAAUGCAUCCUCUGAACAUACGCAUGCCUGGUACAACACCCUUAGGGAGGUCCUUACAGGUUUGAGUGGCCGUCCCAGGUGUGUGAAGGUGUUCAUCAACCCCAGCAGUCACAAGAAGGAGGCAGUUCAUAUCUACAGAGAGCACGUGGCUCCCCUCUUCAAGAUGGCCGACGUCCGUACCGACAUCACCGUGACAGAGAGGAGGGGACACGCCCUGUCAGUGAUGAAGGAGCUCAAGCUGGAGGACUUUGAUGGGGUGGUGUGCGUGGGUGGUGACGGUUCCGUGGCAGAACUUUGCCACGCUCUGGUUCUACGAGCCCAACUGGACGCCAACUCUCCCAACAUUCCCGUGAGAGCAUCGCUUCCUCUGGGAAUCAUCCCGGCAGGUUCUACGGAUGUGGUUUCAUGUUCUGUUCAUGGAGUCAGAGAUCCAGUCACUGCUGCCAUACACAUCAUCCUUGGUCACGUGCAGCACGUGGACAUGUGCAGUUUCUGGUCGCUCGGUCAGCUGCUACGCUUCGGCUUCUCCGCCAUGUUUGGCUUCGGCGGACGCAGCCUUGCUCGGGCCGAGAAGAAGCGGUGGAUGCCGUCGUCACGGCGACGCGGGUACGCGCUGGUCAAGACCCUGGCCAGGUUGAGACCAGAAGACUGUCAGCUGUCUUUUCGAACAAGCCACGUAAAGGACCAGGACCAGGAUGAUGAACAAGAUGGUGACUCAGAGGGGGUGGAGUCAUGGACCACCAAUGAGGGCUUGUAUCUGAGCAUCAGCGUCAUGGCCAUCCCCUGUCUUAGUCCUCACGCUCCCCGAGGACUGGCCCCCAACACCAAACUGACCAAUGGAAGUGCAGCAUUGAUCGCCGUGGGGGACACGUCCAGAUCAGAGUUCGUCAAACACCUGAAGAGGUACAGCUCCUCCACCGGACAGUUGGAGUUCUCCUUCGUGGAGACGCACGCCGUGACAGCGGUGAGGCUCCGCCCCCGUGGGCUGAUUGGCUGCUCAGAGGACGAGAGCGAAGACGACUCCAAGGCCAUACCCAUCAUCCAGUCAGACUCUACCGCAAGCUUCCCCUGGAAUAUCGACGGAGAGCUGGUGCAGAUCCCCAACGAAGUGCUCAUCAGGGUGCACCCGGCACUCAUCAGCUUGUACGGUGAGGACGUGGACGAGGCCGAGUCCCAAGCAUCCUGCAGCUGCAUCUGAGGAUGGGCAUCUGUCCCUUUAGGAGCUCUGUUUCCAAACACUCCCAAGUACUUCCUGUUGAUCCAACGCCAGCUUCUUUUUUUAAUUCAAGUUUACAUUUCUGCAGCACUUUAGCCAGCAAAUUUAAUCACCUUUUUCUAUUUAAUAGGUAUUAGUUGAUUUUUUUUAUUUUUUAUUUUAUUGAAUCCGCUUUGACAAGCAGUUUUAGCUUUAAAAGGGGAUUUAUGUAUUUUCAAAAACUCACUUUUUGUCAUAUUUGGUAAAUCAGUCAUUAUGACUUAACAGUGGUACAUGAAACAUUUGAAAAAUCUGCCAUCUCUGGCCCCAUAUUGUGCAUCUAAUUUGAUAUCCAAAGAACAAGGAAAAAUAACCAAUCAGAGACUUAAGGUGUGACUCACGAGGUGUCAGUCAUUGGUCACGCACUCGCAAGCAUACUCAUCGGCCUCACGUUGAUCUGUUACAUUGUUACCCCAGAAAAGACCUGUAUGCGUAAUGAAAUGUUACUGUAAGACUUAAAUAUUAUUGGUUUGAAGUUUUAUUUUUUGUGAGGACGCGGUGCUGUGCCCAAGGUGGGUGUGUGCGACAAACAAUUAACACCUCGUAAGUCACGCCUUGUCUCUGAUUUGUUGUUUUUCCUCAGGUACGGUGGUUUCUUAAAAAUCAUUCGAUUAUAAUUAUCGUGCAUACACUGUGUGAACAAUUAUUACAGAACAGUUUUCUUUUCUAUUGAAAACUCAAAACGUGAAAGUAAGUUUAAUUAUCUAUUUCUGAACAUGUGUCAGUAAGCCCUUUUCAAUUUUACCUAACUGUGUCAUCACAGUCGGGCUGAUUAACAUAAAAAACACCUCCACACCGACGCUCUCGAACAAUGAGUUGGCAGCUAGGCUGGACAAGCCAAGUUCACCAUGUCAAAAAAAUCUGUAAUUGUUGGUCCUUGGGAUAUUUUGACGAACGCAUGUCACCGACAUGUUAUUAAGACACCUGGGAACUCUUAAAUUGGGAGGGGGGAAAAAAAGGCAUAAUCUGUAUAUUUUAAAUAGAAAAUACUUUAUUAGAAACAUGAGCGAGACUCUCCAGUGCACAAGUUGUCAUAAACAAAAUAUUGACUUUUAUCAAGAGAAUAAAAUCUUGACUUUUUUUUUUUUUUUUUUAAAUCAAGCUAAAGGUUUCGUGUGAAAAGCGAGUGACAGAAAACGACCUCUAUGCAGCUUGUUGUCAUACAUUUAAAUAAAAAGAGAAAACAAACAUUGUAGGCAGCAGGUAGUUAUGGUGUGGAAAAAAAAAGUGUAUCAAAAUAAAGCCAAGAAACCAAAUGGGGAAAAAUGUUGACAGUGUUUUAAACUUAUUUACUCUCUAGUGGUCAUGUGACAGCAAACUAGGCAAGAUGCCAAGAAGGAUGUGUUGCAGGAAGUGGGGAAAAACAGAAAUGACUAGGAAGUACAACACGUCCCUUUUGAGCUGCGUUGUGCUGCAUACGGUUACACACAACGCAGUACAAUCACAAGGGAACUGCGAAUAACCUUUCAGAGGUAAAAAGAAUUUGGGAAUUUUAAAAAAUGUUCUGCAUUAGAGACCAUGCUUUGGCAUUUACAAAAAAGUAAACCUCGUGAAAAUGGGUUGAGAAUUGAUCAAGUUACGACUUAAUUUCAAUGUCCAUGCAUUGCCUUUUAUGGGAACGUCGACCUCGCCAACAUGGCCGCCACAUACACACGUCGGUUAUUUGGGCUGCUACAGUGCGUUGGCAUAUCUAGUCUUCAUACCAAUCGUGUUGAAUGUGAAGAAGGAAGUGUCGGAGGAAGUGAUGAACUUGAAGGAGGAAGUGUAGCAGGAUUUUUUUUUUUGCCAAGCAGUAUUUUUUCCACAUCAGACAGGAAAUGUUGGGCAACAGACAGGAAGUGAUGUACUUAGGGCAGGAAGUGUGGCAGGAAGUUUUUUCACCAAGCAGGGUAUUUUUUUUUUUUUUUUU